GCCGGGAAGAAGUUUCCCUCUCUGAACUACGGGGCGGCGUAAACUUUCCGGUGCUCACAACUUUCGUCGCCUAGAGUGUCUGAGGAUUAAGUGAGUAAAUCAAAAGACUCACGUCACUGAUUUCUUUUUAUUAUUAACAGGUUCCUUAUCUUGCAAAGUAAUCGCCCGACUGGAAGUCCUUCCGUUUCCGUCUUUGUUGCCGUGGUAACGAGGACGCACCGCCAUCCUGGCGGUUAUGGCUGGGCUGGGCGGCGCGCAGAUCCCGGAUGGGGAGUUCACUGCCUUCAUGUACGGGCUCAUCCGCGAUGCCCGCCACGCCGAGGCCGCGCAGCUGCUGGGCGGAGAGCUCCAGCGGAGCCCGAGGAGCCGCGCCGGCCUGUCGCUGCUGGGCUACUGCUACUACCGCCUGCAGGAGUUCGCGCUGGCCGCCGAGUGCUAUGAGCAGCUGGGCCAGCUGCACCCGGAACUGGAGCAGUACCGCCUGUACCAGGCCCAGGCGCUGUACAAGGCCUGCCUGUACCCGGAGGCCUCGCGAGUUGCCUGCCUCCUCCUGGACAACCCCGCCUACCGCAGCCGUGUCCUCCGUCUGCAGGCUGCUAUCAAGUACAGUGAGGGCGAUCUGCCCGGGGCUAGGAGCCUCGUGGAGCAGCUGCUGAGCGGGGAAGCCGGAGAUGACAGUGGGGGCCAGGUCAACCUGGGUUGUUUGCUCUACAAGGAGGGUCAGUAUGAAGCGGCAUGUUUCACGUUCCUUGCGGCCCCGCAGGCCUCGGGUUACCGGCCUGACCUUUCUUACAAUCUCGCUUUGGCCUGUUACAGCAGCUGGCACUACGACGCGGCGCUGAAGCAUAUCGCCGACAUCAUUGAGCGUGGCAUUCGCCAGCACCCAGAGCUAGGUGUGGGCAUGACCACUGAGGGCAUUGAUGUUCGCAGUGUUGGCAACACCUUAGUCCUGCACCAGACUUCUCUGGUGGAAGCCUUCAACCUCAAGGCAGCCAUAGAAUACCAACUGAGAAACUAUGAGGCGGCCCGGGAAGCCCUCACGGACAUGCCACCCAGGGCAGAGGAAGAGUUGGACCCUGUGACCCUGCACAACCAGGCGCUGAUGAACAUGGAUGCCAGGCCUACAGAAGGGUUUGAAAAGCUGCAGUUUUUGCUUCAACAGAACCCCUUUCCCCCAGAGACCUUUGGCAACCUGUUGCUGCUGUACUGUAAGUAUGAGUACUUUGACCUGGCAGCGGAUGUCCUGGCAGAAAAUGCCCAUUUGACUUACAGAUUCCUCACACCCUAUCUCUACGACUUCUUGGAUGCCAUGAUCACUUGCCAGACAGCUCCUGAAGAGGCUUUCAUGAAGCUUGAUGGGCUAGCUGGGAUGCUGACUGAACAGCUCCAGAGACUCACCAUGCAAGUACAGGAAGCGAGACACAAUAGAGAUGAUGAAGCUGUCAAAAAGGCAGUGAAUGAGUAUGAUGACACCCUGGAGACGUAUAUUCCCGUGCUGAUGGCCCAAGCAAAAAUCUACUGGAACCUUGAAAAUUAUCCAAUGGUGGAAAAGAUCUUUCGCAAAUCGGUGGAAUUCUGUAAUGACCACGAUGUGUGGAAGUUGAAUGUGGCUCAUGUUCUGUUCAUGCAGGAAAACAAAUACAAAGAAGCUAUCGGCCUUUAUGAACCCAUAGUCAAGAAGCAUUAUGACAGCAUCCUGAAUGUCAGUGCUAUUGUGUUGGCUAACCUGUGUGUUUCAUACAUUAUGACAAGUCAAAAUGAAGAAGCUGAAGAGCUGAUGAGGAAGAUUGAAAAGGAGGAAGAGCACCUCUCCUACGAUGACCCAGACAAGAAAACCUACCAUCUCUGCAUUGUGAAUUUGGUGAUAGGGACCCUCUGUUGUGCCAAAGGAAAUUAUGAUUUUGGUAUUUCUCGGGUUAUCAAAAGCUUAGAACCAUAUAAUUAAAAACUGGGGACUGAUACCUGGUAUUAUGCCAAAAGAUGCUUCCUGUCCUUAUUAGAAAACAUGUCCAAACACAUGAUCAUUCUUUGUGACAGUGUUAUUCAAGAAUUUGUCCAGUGUCUAGAACAGUGUGAACUCUAUGGUAGGAACAUACCUGCUUUUAUUGAACAACCUCUGGAAGGAGAAAGAGUGCAUACUGGAAAGAAUACAGUCACAUAUGAGUUCAGACAGUUAAAAGCUUUGAUUUAUGAGAUUACAGGAUAGAACAUGUAGUAAUGUCUGAUAAUGUCUUUCAUUAAAAUGGCUUUGUUACCACACUUUUAAAAUCUGUAUCUUUGACAUCUUUACAUUUGUUAUAUAUUGCACUUUGUACACUUAAAACUAUAAUAAACUGAGGAACUAAUAAGAUUAAGGAACAUGGAGUGUGAACUAAAUCACUUUUGCAUUCUCUGCCAGUAGCAGUCACUGAGUUUUGCACUCACAGAACAGUUGCUAGAAUGACAUCUCUGUAUAAGCAAGUAACCCUAAGUAGCAGUUUAUAUUCUAAUUUUAGGCUAUAGAAAAGGGUGUGGAACAG